AUGACGCAAGAGUUCACAAGAACCCAGAUUUUCGGCACGGUCUUCGAGACGACCUCCAGAUACACCGACCUGAACCCCGUGGGAAUGGGGGCCUUUGGUUUGGUGUGUUCUGCGAAGGAUAAACUGACACAACAGAACGUCGCCAUCAAGAAGGUGAUGAAACCGUUUUCCACAGCGGUGUUGGCAAAGAGGACGUAUCGCGAGCUCAAGCUGCUCAACCAUCUACGACACGAGAACCUGAUUUCGUUGGACGAUAUCUUUCUUUCUCCGUUGGAAGACAUCUAUUUCGUGACAGAGUUGCAAGGAACAGAUUUGCAUAGACUGCUCACGUCGCGGCCGUUGGAAAAACAGUUCAUCCAGUACUUUUUGUACCAGAUUCUACGUGGACUGAAGUACGUGCACUCUGCGGGGGUUAUCCACAGAGACUUGAAGCCUAGCAAUAUUUUAAUUAACGAGAACUGCGACCUGAAGAUCUGCGACUUUGGAUUGGCAAGAAUCCAGGACCCGCAAAUGACAGGAUAUGUGUCGACACGGUACUACCGUGCUCCAGAAAUCAUGCUCACCUGGCAAAAGUAUGACACAGAGGUGGACAUCUGGUCUGCAGGAUGUAUUUUCGCAGAGAUGAUCGAAGGCAAGCCGUUGUUCCCUGGUAAAGACCACGUUCACCAGUUUUCCAUCAUCACCGAGCUAUUGGGGUCUCCGCCAGCAGACGUUAUUGAUACAAUUUGCUCCGAAAACACACUGAGAUUUGUCCAGUCGCUGCCACACAAAGAGCCUGUUCCAUUGACCGAACGAUUUAAAGGUGUCGAGCCAGAGGCCGUGGACUUGCUGUCCAAGAUGCUUGUUUUCGACCCUCGCAAACGUUUCAACGCAGAACAGGCACUGUCGCAUCCGUACCUCAGUCCGUACCACGACCCUUCGGAUGAACCGUCCGCUGAGGAGAAGUUCGACUGGAGUUUCAACGAUGCAGACUUGCCUCUGGAUACCUGGAGAAUAAUGAUGUACAGCGAGAUCUUGGAUUUCCACGAGAUCGAGAGCUCGGAGGCUCUAAAUGGUAGCAAUGUUCAGCAGGAGCAGUACGAAUCCGGAAUGAUACAACAACAGCAUCAACAGAGUGCUGGUCAGCCUGUGAGAGAUGCACAUUAG